AGGUCGCUAGGUGCUCGGCGUGAUCAUGGCGUGCACGCCCUCUUUACUCCUCCCGCAUUUACCCCGCUCGAUCGAUCUCUCUUGAGGAGCCCCGGCCCCGGCGAUAUAUACACCACCACCGCGUGCGUCUCCUUCGCCGAGAACAAGCUAGCUCAGUCACUCGCUCAUUUUAGUGGUUCUCGCAACCAGGCCACGAUCAGCGAUCGCCAUGCAGUUGCUCUCUGGCGCUCGUGGUGGUGGUGGUGGCUGUAGCCGGCGUAGCGGAGAUGGUUUCCUGCUGCCGCGGCAGCCGCCGGUGGCGGUGGACGUGGAAUGCAACUGCCGCCCACCGAGGGUGCUCAGCGCGCUGUACUCGUCCCUGGCGUCCCGCGUCCGCGGACGAGGCGGCGGCAGCAGGCCCAAGUCGCCGCACGCGUCGUCGUCGUCCUCCACCGCAACGACGGCUUUCACCUCCAGCACCGCCACGCGCGUCACCACCGCCACGACGGUCUCGUCGGUGGACGACUCGUGGGGAGUCGCGACGUACGCCACGAGCACACUCUUCGAGGACGACGUGGAGGCUAGGCGGAGGAGACGGUCCACGAGGAGGCGCAGGAGGCGGAGGAGCUGCGGGGGGAGGGGCGUGGCCGUGAUGAUGACGUGCGGGGAUGAGAAUGAGGAGGAGGCGGCGGCCGUGGCAGUGGAGGUGGAGUCGGCGGCGCCGUACGAGGACUUCCGGGAGUCGAUGGUGGCCAUGGUGGUGGAGAAGGAGAUGUACGCGUGGGAGGACCUCAAUGCGCUGCUCCACGGCUUCCUCUCGCUCAACUCGCCGCGCCACCACCCGCUCAUCCUCCACGCCUUCGCCGAUCUCUGGGCCCCGCGCGCCGGCCUCUUCUGCCCUCCCUCACCGUGCCGAUGACUCUAGCUACAGACAUGGCGCCGCCAUGCGCCACCUAGCUAGCUAUAUACUACUCCAUUGGCGUACGCUAGGCCUAGCCGUAAUCUAGCUUGGGCUCGAAGACUGUAACGCAGAUUUCCUAGCUAAGGAACAUCUCUAGAUGUUGUUCUUGUCGUUGUACUGUAAUAAUCAGAUGAUAACAUGAGUGCUAUGGUAGCUUCUACUA